GACAUUUACAGAAAAUACUUUUCUCCAACAAAAUAAAAUUGCAUUGUACCAAAACACACCAAAACUUUUGUGCGAAAAAAACCAAAAAAACUAGUGAUUUUAAGUAAAACUAAAGAGUUUAACAAAUAUUUAAACUUGUGUAGCAAUUUCUUGGAAGAAAUUUAAAGAAUAAAGUGUAGAUAACAUGGAUAUAAUGGACAUACAAGCUGUAGAAUCCAAAUUGAGUGACGUCACUGUGACCCCAAUACCACGGUCACAGGUACAAAAUUUCUACAACUAUCAGCAGCAACGGGAACAGCGUGAACAGCAGCCUCAAAUACAAAUCUCCGCAAUACAUCAUACGCCGCGUGAUCGUCAUUCCCACAACAUGAGCUCAAAUGAGCGGGAUGAUAUUAGAGGGGGACACUCGUCCAGUGGCCGGGAUAUGUAUGGCCAUUCUAAGCGCGAACGAGACUAUCAUCAGCAACUAAGUCAAGUGGCGGCGGCCGUGGCCAGUGGUAAUACCUCAAAUGCAGCAGUGGCGGCAGCAGCUUUGCAGUACACCCAACAGUUGCAAGCCCAAUUAGCUUUACUGCAACAGCAAGCAAAUACUACAGCCUCACCCUCCAUUACCUUGACGCCAGCUAAUCCCCGCAACUCCUCGAUCUUGUCAUCACAAUUGGCCUCACAACUGUCCAUGACACCCAUACCAAAUACAAACCAUAAUGUUAGCAUUACCUCAAAUGGUGGUGGUGGUGUCUCCACACCCUCACUUCUCAAAUAUCCACAAUCAACUUCACCCCUAAUCUUAACAAACACCCAUUCAUCUAACAUGACAACAGCCAUGACCUCAAACUCCAACCUGCUGGCCUCUGCUAGCCAAAACAAUGCACAAAAUAAUGGCCUCACCAAAUACGCCCAACUGUUGGCUAUCAUCGAAGAAAUGGGUCGUGAUAUACGGCCCACAUAUACGGGAUCGCGUACUUCAACGGAACGUCUGAAACGUGGCAUUGUACAUGCCCGCAUACUAGUACGUGAAUGCCUAAUGGAAACCGAACGUUCGGCACGUCAAUGAGAUUUACUUACGUCCUCUUCGAACUCUUUAACAAGUACUAUUGAUUCUUUACAAGAUUAGUCCUGGGUUUUAUUUCCUAACUUUGUCUUUAAUUUUAGCUCUAUAUAAAUAGUUUUUAGUUUUAUAGCCUCUUUCUUAAUAUCGAAUGAAAGAUUUUGUUUGUGAAUUAGGCUAUUUUAAUUGUAGUUGUAUUUUGUAUUUCAACAUUUUACUUUUAUUUUAAUUACGUACGCUGAAAUUGUAAUUGUUUAUGAUUUUUAUCAAAUGAAUUGUUGUGUUUUUUGUUUGGGUAAUUUUAUGCAAAAUUUUAAACACAAAAAAAGACAGUCUUAAUUCAUUUUAUUUUUGUAAUUAGUUUUUAAUUUAAUAUUGUUUUUAUUCCAAAAAUAUAUAUAAAUGAUUUUUCUCAAUGAAA